GACCAUAUCAAUCAGGAGAUCUGGAGUGGCGACAUUAUUUUGGGUCAAUGUGACCUAUCAUUGGCAUGGCGUGAGGGGUGCAAAGCUUCUCUUUUAGUCCUUACCAUGUCUGAGCUUAAUCUUGUUCAUUAUUCAUUCACAGAGCUUUUUAAGGACCCUGCCAUCAAUGUGCUGUGUCCAUUCGAACAGAAUAAAUAUCUCAGGAUUACCAGUGAAAAAAGACUUGAGGACGUCAGUCGCAUACCAAAGCUCUCUCCUCUCAUUCCACCCACUUCAGCCUUGCAGCACCUAGAAACAGUGUUAUCGGCAGAUGAAGAUCAUGAACUCAUGUUGACGUUCCAAGAGGCAUUGAUUGAUGAAUUCAUCGUUGAUUGCCCUCCCACUCCAUCUUCUAGCCAGCUUCUCCCCACAAACCCUUUGGUGCUUGUAUUACCACAGGGCCCUGGCAUACAUCCAGAAGAUUACCUACUGUACAGUGGACACUGGAUCCAUAAGCAAACUAUUUUCCGACUUGUCAUCAACAAGGACUUCAUCUCAAAAUCCCUCAAUCGACUCGAGUGUGUCCGUGCAGGUUAUACCAAGGUAAACAAAUGC